UUUUCCUUACUUGCCACCAAUUUUCCUCCCUCUCGCAAAGUCGUUGAAAUGUUUCUCACUAUUUUUCUUUUCGCCGUCGUCUCUCUCCCUCAACCCCUCACGAUUUUUUCGCCGCUGCCGUCUCUCUCUCAAACCGUCACAAUUUUGGGCGUCUCCCUCUUGCGAACUCCCUAAAAAAACCCUCACAAUUUUGUGUCGGCGCCGUCUCUCUCUCCGGUUCAGCUUCGCACGAUUUUUCCUCUCUCUCGCAAACGAUCCAGCCGCGUGAACUUGGAGUUUACCUUACCGUGAGUUGCUUCUCCUCCCUUCUCCGUCCGUUUCUGCUCACAUUCAUUCCUCAGUCUGUUUCAUUCGCAGAAGGCUCACCAAGCAUCAGGUUGCUGAGGGCACUAGACAUUUACCCCAUUUAUGGGACCUUUGUUACAAUAAGAUUACAGUUAGAUCUGCAAAGCACAUCCUCAAGUUGGGUCUGGGCUUAAGGUUUCAGAGUGUCUAAAAUGGAGAUCGAUGAGGAUGCAUUGAAAAAAACCCAGCUGGUGGAAGCCCGAGCAAGAAAUAUUAGUCACAAUGUUAGGUGUAUUGAGUGCGGUAGUCAAUCCAUUGAAGAUUCACAAGCAGAUAUUGCGAUUCUCCUUAGAAAGUUGAUUCGUGAUGAGAUUCGGUCGGGGAAAACGGACAAGGAGAUCUAUAAAAAGCUUGAGAAUGAUUAUGGGGAGACAAUCCUUUAUACCCCAAAGUUUGACCUUCAAACUGCAGGCUUAUGGCUAUCACCGGUGUUAGUGGCUGGUGCUGCUGUAGGAGUAUGGGCUUAUAGUAAGCACAAGCAAAGGUCUAAUGUUCACAUCAUGGCUUUAAAUCUGGUCAGGGGUGUUCCAUUGACCCCUAAAGAGAAGCAAACCAUGUUAGAUCUCCUCUCACCUCCACCUUCUCAGAGAACCCCUUCUUCAUGGUGGAGGAGUUGGCGUAGGCAAUGAGGCAACUACUCCUUAUUGCUAGCUCGAACAACAGUUCAAAGAGUUUCAGAGUAUGUUGAAGAUCUACAAAUUAGAUUACAGAUCUGAAAGCAUUACUAUUUUUGUACUGUAUUAUACUCAACGAUGGUUUUAUGAUUACUUUUGCUAGAAAAAUGUUCCUACAUUGUGAAUAUGAACUUGCACCUUACAAUUCUGUUCAUAUUUGUUUUUCUUAUGGCCAGUUUGGAUGUUACCUAGUUAGGUUCAUAGGUUUCUCUGAAGGAAACACACCAAUGAACAGAAGUUUGGAUUGCCACACAAUUCUAGGUUGUCACACUAUUCCUGGUCCCUAUGUUCAUUUAAAAUUCUAAAGGAUUAUGCUCCAAGAUAGUUUUGAGUUGUUUAUGGAAGCCAACUUUUGAGUGAA